AUGGUGACAUCGGAUCCGCAGUUAAUCAGAAAUAUUUUGAUCAAAGAUUUCCAUAAGUUUGGCCAAAGACCGACAGUGGUUACGCCAUACGAUCAUCCAAUCUAUAGGUAUGUUAUCGACAACACUGACGACAAACUAUGGCAACGUAUACGGCUGGUCAUGAAAACAGUGUUUACCGAUCGCACUGUUGAAUCGUUGGCCAAAAAAAUUGACAACAAUUUAGUUGAUUUAACCAAUGAAUUGGACAAUCAAUUGGUAGGUCAGUCGGCGGCGGCAGCGGUGGUCGACAUUAGACAACUGUUUAUCAAUCAGACAAUAGAUAUGUUAGGUUUAGUCAUGUUUUCGUGGAAACAAAACACAUUCAAUGAUCCGAAUAAUAGAUUCAAUCAGAUUAUGAAACGUUUAUUUUUCCCGAAAAAAUCACGUAUAUUAGCCCAACUAGUAUUACCGAAAUUUAUACUCCAAGCCCUUAAUAUGACAUCGACUAUAUCUACCGAAGCUCUCGACGAUUUUACCGAUCUAAUAGUUGGCGAGUUAGCUAAACGCCGUAAUAAUAAUAAUAAUAAUAAUAAAAAACCUAAUUUUUUAAGUACCCAUAUCUGCGAUGACUUUUUUCAAUCGCUACUCAAUCGGUGUCCGGAAUUUAUCGGCAAUAAAACACAAUCGGGUAAGACAUCCAAAAAAUGA